UAGAUUCCUACACAAUAAUCACAAUCGCACCAAAUUGUCUAGUUUCUAUCUGUGACUGUCUUGACUAUAAGGUAUGGAAGGGAAAUUUAGCUACCAAAUUCAAAGUUUCGUACAAAUUCCUCCAUGUCAACCAAGUCAAAUAUAAGAAAUAUAAUACAUUAUUUUGGUAGUACAAACUACAUGUAAACCACAAUCAAUUUUCAAUUCUUCAAACAUCAACUCCUAACAAUGUGUCCAAGUCAAUUAUUCUUCAUUGUCUCUCUCCUUCUUCUUCUCUUCAUCAUCAACUCCAGUAGAGCUAAUAAUAAUACGUCAUCUGCCUAUUGCCCUUCAUCUGUCUGCAAUAAUGGACUUAAUAUUUCAUAUCCUUUUUGGAGACUUGACAGUUACUACAACUCCGCCUCUCACCAAUACUGUGGUUAUCCAGGAUUUGGGAUCUAUUGCUCUCAAACUGAUUCUAUUUUAAACAUUUCUGAUGAACUUUUCAACGUUACAAAUAUUAAUUACAGUAGCUACUCCCUUACCCUGGUGGAUAUUGAUGCUGUUGAUAAUAGAGGAUGCCCGAGAGCACAUCAAAAUCUUAGUCUAGGACACUUGCCAUUGAAAUAUUCGGAGGUUGAUUUGUACCUUGGUUUCUAUUAUAACUGUACCCGUUCCCCUUCAUAUGUUGCCCGUCAAUUUGAUUGCAUAAACCCAGGUGGAAACAAAUCAUAUUAUGUUGAGGAUCAUGAGACGGAAGAUUUAGAUUGGUUUGAGAUUUGUGAGAAGAAAGUGGUGGUGCCAGUGACGGAGGGUUGGUUGACUAGAGGACUUGGUGCGGUGAUGGGUGAGGGAUUCUUAUUGCAUUGGGAGAACGUAUCAGAUUGCGCUCAGUGUGAGGCCACAGACGGGCGUUGCGGUUACGACAAUUCAAUCCAGGAAUACUUGUGCUUCUUCAAAGAUGGCAACACCAAAGGAAGAGGAAAACUCGGAAUAAAGGUUGCAAUAGGAUUAGCCGCGGCAGGGACUGCAAUAGCUGUAGCCUGUGGCUUGAUGUGCUGCUUCCGAUUUAGGAAAACAAAUAAAACGUCAAAAAGAGAAGAUCAUAACGUAGAGGCCUUCCAGAGGCAGUUUGGAUCCCUAGCAUCAACGACAUAUAGCUAUUCAGACAUAAAGAAAAUGACAAAUUCCUUUAAAGAGAAACUUGGAGAAGGAGGUUACGGAGGGGUCUACAAAGGUAAUCUUAAUGGUCAUCCUGUUGCUGUGAAGAUCUUAAAAGAGACCAAGGGGAAUGGAGAAGAAUUCAUUAACGAAGUUGCAAGCAUCAGUCGAACUUCUCAUGUCAACAUUGUUACUCUGUUGGGAUUCUGUUUGAAUCGUAAGGAAAAAGCUCUUGUAUAUGAAUUCAUGCCAAAUGGAUCUCUUGAUAAACACAUAUACAAUGAAGAUUCUAACAUGGGAUGGGAAAUGUUAUACAAAAUUGCACUCGGGAUAGCUCGAGGAUUACAAUAUUUGCAUAGAGGGUGUAACACCCGAAUUUUGCAUUUUGACACAAAACCUCACAACAUUCUUCUAGACGAGGACUUUUGUCCCAAGAUAUCUGAUUUCGGUUUAGCAAGACUAUGUAAUCGAAAAGAGAGCAUAAUGUCCACAAUAGAAGCCCGAGGAACUAUCGGUUACAUAGCUCCAGAGGUGUUUAGUAGAAACUUUGGAGGAGUGUCCCACAAAUCUGAUGUUUACAGCUAUGGAAUGAUGAUUCUUGAAAUGGUCGGAGGAAGAAAGAACUACAGUGCUGAAAGAAGCCAUAAUAGUGAAAUAUACUUUCCACGUUGGGCUUAUCAACGAAUAUUGUUAGAUGAUGACCUAAAUAUAAGGGAUAUGAUGACCAAUGAAGAAGAAGAGAUUGCAAAGAAAAUGAUAUUAGUUGGCUUGUGGUGCAUCCAAACAGAUCCCUUGCAAAGGCCAGCCAUUGGUAAGGUAAUUGAAAUGUUAGAAGGUAGCUUAGAGGCCAUGCAAAUGCCACCAAAACCUUUCAUAUGUUCUCCUUCACAAUCAGAAGGAUCGACAUUGGAGCGACCAAGGAAGCCACUCUUAUUUUCUACUUUGAGUUCGACGACGCUCGAGUCUACAGCCUCAACAAUUGUACAAUUUGAUGAAGAGUAAGUUUGUGGAUAAUAUUGGGUUAUAACUUAUAACAGUAAUAUUCAUGACGAAAUUACAAAAAUUAAAAUCAUGUAGAGAAUUGGGGAAACAUUGAUUUUAUAGUUUUUAUGUGAUUAUAUUUUUAUAUCCUUAGAUCU